AUGGCUUAUUACGAUGAUGGGUACAUGUGGCCUCAAGAACACGCCGCCUAUAAUGUUGUCGGUUACCAAGAUUCCGUAAGUUUUUCUGGUUAUGAAUCUUAUCAUCCUGAUAAUGCAUACACUGUUUCUGAGUUUCAAGAACCUCAAUUUUUAGAUUAUUAUCAUCACACUCAAGAUUAUGACUAUCAUUAUGAUCACGAGUACUCGUUUUCAUCGCCUACUCCUGGUAUCAAUUACUUUGCAUAUAACUAUAUCGAGCCUAAGUUAAUUGCUUACGAACCAGUUUCUUGUGAUACGGGCUAUGUCUCAUAUCACACACACUAUUCGAUCUCUUACCCAGAAACAGAUUUACAAUUUAACGAGCCAGAGUUUGAAGAGUAUGAUCCAACACCUUAUGGCGGUGGUUAUGAUAUUGUUUCUGUUUAUGGAAAGCCUCUUCCUCCCUCUGAUCAAACCUGCUAUCCUCGGUCCAACCCCAAGCCGGUUGAGUCGAAGUCCAAGCCUGUGGCUAAUCCUAUCCCUUUGGCUAACCCUAAACCAGAUCCAAAGGUUGUGCCCAUGUCCAAACCAAAACCCGAGCCAGUGCAUGUUCCGACUCUUAUGCCCCAACAUAUUCCGGUUCCUAAACCUACUAGUGAUCCUUUGGUGGAGCCCAAUCCCAAGCCCAAGCCGGAGCCGGAGCCGGUGCCUGUUCCGAUUCUUAUGGCCGAGCCAUUAGAAUCAAGGGAGGAAAGCAAUUAUCCUGAUUAUGGAUUUGACUAUCCAUGGCCUGAAUAUGACCAUGGAUAUGGAAUUGGAGUGGGGUAUGAUUACGGAUAUGGGAAACAAGUGGUUCAGGUUCCUCCAUGUGAAUAUAGUCCAGAAGUUGUGGAGUUGUGUGAAAAUCUUUUUGGGAGUUGGCCUUGUUUGGCUAGGAUUAGGAAAGAACAAAUGGGUGUUAUUAAUAAUCCAGGAAUUAGUACUUGUCCUGAAGAUAGACACCUUAGUCCAUGGGAAAGUUGUGCUAGUUACAUAUUCGGAACAAAGAUCACAAAACGUGAUAUAUAG